AUGGUGGAUUCAAGAUUACUCGCCAAACACUACGAGCUACGAGAGAAGAUUUCCAACUUGAUACAAGAGGACCAGGAGAGAAAGAAUGCUAUAAAGUUGUGCAUAUUUCAACUAGCGAUUCUACAACAAGGAGAUGUAACGCGAUCCAAGAAACUGACAAAAGGAAGCCCUCGGAAAGCGGAUGUCGAAGAAUCACUGACGAAGGAGUAUGAGAUAGAGCUCAACAAGUUGAAACAAGAGUUUUCUACUAAACUGAAACUACAUGACGCCAAACUCCAAUCGUUAAAGCAAGAGAAUGAACGAUUAAAAGCGCAAAUAAAGAAGUUAAAUUCUGACACUUCUUCCUCAAGUUCGUGUCUUUUCCCAACAAGAAAGAGGGUACUCCCAAAUCAUCGUUCUAUUUUUAGUCCAGAAAAGUUUAGUUCAAGUGCAAGUAAGUCCGGUACAUUUCGUCAUGCGUUCCCCACUAUAUUUGACGAUGAGCUACUUACACCAAUUAAAAAAGUACCUGAGACCAAACUUGUUAGCAACUUGAUGAAAUCUGCCGCAUCAAUAUCCCCGACUAAAGAUAUACGAUCACACGACUCGCUCUUGUUAGCUGAUGACGACUUAGCGAUACCAAAAGCAACUUCUUCACCGACGGGAAGCUCGAAAUGGCGGUCGCCAACAAAGUUUAUGGAAAAUUUCGAUAUUGAGGGCGACAACGAUGAUUACCUAGCUCGCAGGCGAAGUCCAUCUCCUGAAUUCACCCCUAAUAGGAGACGAAGAGUACUUCGCAGCACUGACUCUACUGCAACCAGCGACGAAAAAAGUGAAUCGGUUGAACAAUCAGGGAGGAAUGGCAACAACGCUUUGCACCAUUCCGGCUCUCCAGUCAAAGUUGAAAGAAAGAUUAAGAAAGUGAGAAAAAGAAAGAAUCUAGGUCUUGACGAUUUGGAGCCGGUGAAAAAUGGGUCGCUAAAGAUGGCGUUCGCUGACGCGGACGAUGACAAUUUAAACACACUUGCAAAGUACGAGGACGCACAUUUUGAGGAUAACGAUGGAGCUCCUGAUACUUCGAGUAGUCCAUUGAAGAGGAAGUUGGAUACUGAUGAGCAAAUAUCGGAUCUUGGACCCCCAAAGAAACGACGGAACGUUUUCACAAUCGAUUGA